AUGACCACCGUUCUUCCUACACACAAUAUCUCCCCUCAUGCCUUGGACCGUUCGACCGCGUUAUCCAUAUUCUCUUCGCCUCCUUUUGAAUUACCAAUGGGUGAUACUCCGGUUGUACAAGAUAAAGGAUUUCCUCUCCCAUUCAAGCAGCCUCAAAUAUUCGUUAAACCAUUCAAUCCGUUAAAUGAACAGAACAAAAUUGUUACUCCUCAGCCACUCGGUGAACAAGUUAUGAAACAGGAGAUAAAUAACGAUCUUAACAAAGGUCAAUUAUCAUGGGCAUCAGACGCAUAUAACCAGACUAUAAAGAAACGUCGGCUGUCAGGAGGCGCCUCUCCUUCACCUAAACCUUACGACUCCAAAGUUCCAAGACCACCCAAUGCAUUCAUCAUUUAUCAUCGAACUAAAUCUAAGGAAUUAGCAGCCGUCAAACGGUCAGUCUCUGAUGAUCGUCAUCCUUCGAAAACUGUGGCAGAGAUGUGGCGAGAGGAGCCUGAAGACAUAAAACUGCGCUACCAGAGAGAAGCUGACCUGGCGUUGGUAGAACACAAAAAGAAAUACCCAUUCUACAAGUACAAACCAAAAAAGAACAAAGGAAAAGGAAAGGAGGGACAGAAUUCAUGUGGUUCAUCGGAUAAUAAUAAGAACGAAGACGAAAAGAAUGUCGAUCAAGUACCUAUAGAGCACAGAAAACAAGCAUCAAUGGAAUCUGCAUUUACUGUCUUUGAAUUAGCUGAAGAGAAGAAACCUAUUCAGCCGUCGCAGCCACGAAUACUCACAUUACAGCAGCAAUCCGCUGCACAAAUAACUUCCCAACACGCAUCUCAGCAUGCAUGCAUACUCGAAACACACAAUACUCCUACAAUCACAUCCUGGGAUAAUGGAUUAAAUAAUGGUAUCGUUUCAGGACAAUUUGCGUCUGUGCAUGCGCAACCUGGGCAAGGACAAUUAUUAAAUUACGCUCAGAUGGGAACCGAGCCCCAGAUUCAAUUGGAUAGCCAAAUGAAUAGUGGGCUAUUUCAGUUGAUAGGGGGAGAUCGACUAUUAGGUGCUGAAUUCACGGAUUCUAAUGGUGCUAUUAUAUCUGAGCAAGCUCUCAUCGAUGAAAUUCUCAAACUUAUAAUCAACCAAGGAGCAUACCAUUCAGCAACUAUUAAUCCUUCUACAACAUCCAACAUAAUAACGCCCGACGUUUCCGCACUUUUUCCUCGUGACUCUGCUUCAGAGAAUUCCAAUCAUAUUUCUUCUACAUCAAAUAUCAUCAAUACUCCCGCUGCUGCUCCUAUUACUCCGACUGUUACUGCACCUGUUCAACAAAUGAUGACACCACCGUUUCAAUCAUUUGACAAUGAAUUCAAAUUCUACGACGAUAUUUCUCUUCCUCAGGAUGCCUGGGUAAUGAGCAUGCCAGGGGUAGUUCCAAUGACAACGGCCACGACAGUAGCACCUCCAACGCCUACUACACCACUUGGCUUUGCUCCCUGGUCUGGAGUGGGCGGCAGUGGUGCUUGCAGUAAUUGUGGCGGAUGUCCCAAAGCACCUCUACAGACAAUUCAUGAAGGCAAAGUAGCACAGAGUGUUAAUGAUUAUUGCGGUAUGGUAAACAUGGCUUCAGACGUUAUGGAGGGGGUGGUGGUACCAGUCCCACAUGUACAGCAUAAUGAAUUACAGACAACGACUGAUGAUUGCUGGGGUUUCAUAGUUUGA